AUGUUAUUCUUCCCGCCUCUCACCAUAUCUUUACUAGCCGUGGCUUCGGGCUUUCGUCUCUUUGAUGGCCAAGUGAUCAACCAACCUGCCCGGGCCCGUCGUGAUCUUGACGAGAACAACUCUCUGGCUGUUUUGCAGCCGGGUCCUCCGACGCUAAUGAGGCCACAAAACCUUCGUAAAUGUGCUCUGGAGCAAUACACCAUCCUGUCUUUGGGCGACUUGAACCAGAUCCUUGGUUGUGACGAGAUCCAGGGUGACAUUGUGGUGACCAACUUCGACGAUGCCAUGUUGAAGCUCGAGGAGUUGAGAUUUGUCGACGGUCUGUUGGAGGUAAAAAACUCGCCUGCUCUUGUUCGUUUGGAAAUGCCCAUGUUGCAGCUGAUCUCUGGUGAGUUUAAGUUGCAAGAGUUGACGUCUUUGGGCUUUCUCCAGGUACCCAGCUUGACUGCUGUAAGAGAGAUUCAGUGGAAUGUUCUUCCUAUUUUGAGCGCAGCAGACAUAAACUGGGAAAGAAUCCAUAACUUGUCAAGUGUGCUUAUCUCGGAUACCUCUCUCAGCUACAUUAUAGGUAUCAACUCGGAGAAGAUGGAGCAGCUCAACAUCAACAACAACCGGUUUUUGGAGUCGGUCAGUUCCGACGUGGAAUCUGUUACAGAUAUGCUCCACAUUGCCGCCAAUGGCGACCACAUCAACGUCGACUUGCCCCACCUUCACUCUACCAAAAACUUGAGUAUUCACAAUGUGGACCAACUCGACCUCGGAGAGCUCCACGAGUGCAAGGGACUGAUGAGUUUGAACAAAAACCACUUGCAUUCUGCAAAAUUUCCCAAGUUGAGCAGGGUAGCGGGCACUUUGUCGUUGGUGGACAACAAAGAGUUAUCCGAAGUACUGUUUGACAAGCUCAAAGAGAUCGAUGGCGGUUUGGUGCUUGCGAACAACACUCAAUUGACCAAGAUCGACUUCUUUCCCGAGCUCACCACAAUAAGCGGAGCACUUGAGUUGGUCGGGCCAAUCAAAGAGGUCGAAGCUCCCAACCUCAAGUUGAUCAGAGGAAGUGCAAAGAUAAAGUCGACCGAUGAAUCGUUUGAUUGUUUGGCCUGGUCUAAGAGCGGCAUCAGUUCUGUCAUUCGUGGUGGCAAGAAUGAAUGCACUAACUCCCAGAACCAGAACUACUCUGCUGGCCAUGGUUGUGAAUGA